GGUCAGAACCGCGUCAAAGAAUGCUUUCCUCCCGGGCGAGCCUGCACGGCCCGCACACCAGGAAUCGUUGCAUCAGGACGUGGGUGCAAAUGCCGCUGCCUCGACGCGUUGUCACUGUUGACCCGACUGCUGCUGGACGCAAGGAUGCUCGGCGGUCCGGUGUCGAGGCGCUGCGGUCAGCAAGGGCGGCCGUCUACGCCGCCAUCAAAUCGUCUGGCGCUCUAGAAAAGCGUAAUUACAUCGAACUGGAGUGCUACACCUGGUCGGUGCAACCGGAGGAGGACGACAUUGCUGCGCGCCAUCCCUCGCCGCCCAACGCCAUCCGAGCCAGCGGCUAUCUGUAUGGCUUUGGAAUAGACGGACAUGACGUUAUUCGGGUGCGGGCAGCUGGUUCCGCGGCGGAGGCGCUGCUCCGCCUGCCACCGUCCUCGCACGUCCUGGUCCAGGGGCGCCUGGCAGUGCCCCGUGACGCGCCGGUGGCGGCGCCAGCGAGCCCUGGACAGCCGGCGCCGCCACCGCCACCGCCAUUCCCACCGCCACCCUACAUCUGGGCCACGUCUGUUACCCUCAAGCCCAGUGCAGCCACUGUUGAUAAGACCCCACAAGCAAGCAGUGCCAGCAGCGAUAGCAGCGCCACUGGAGGCGGAGGUAGCAGCUUCGGUCGCAUGGCUGGCGGCAGCGUCAACGGCCGCAUUACCACAAGCACUACUGGCAGUGCCGUCAGCCACAUUGACAACAACAGGGCCACGAGCAGCACGAGCAGCCCUUCCGUCAGCAGUCCGACUCGGACAGGAACACUUGGCAGUGCAAGUAGAGGUGGCGAGCGGGCUCAGCAGGUGGUGGCGUUCUGGGAGGACCUGCGAGCCAACCCCGGCGACUGGUGGGACAACCGGGAGGACAAGGCCAGCGGCCGGGGCAAUCCCAACAUCCCCGACUUCCGUAACAAAAUGGAUCGCGGCAAGGCGGUAUGGAUUGUCGACCGUUGCGCACCUGCCUGGGUCCGCGAGUGGUUGCAGCAGCACCCGCCCGGCAGCCUGGCCAGCAGCACUGCCGGUGCCGCCCAGGGUGGCACGCAGGCCCAGGCGUCAAGCGCUGACGAGGCGCUGUGGGAGGACCUGCAGGCGAACCCUGAGAAAUGGUGGGAGCAGUGCAUGAUGGCAACGAGUCCCAAGGCCCCUGACUUCAAGCGUAAAGAAGACGGCAAGGGGUUGUGGUUGCACGGCCACAAGCCGGUGCCCAUUUGGGUUCUCAAGUACCUGUUCUUCCUCGACCACCCCAACGCCUAGGGCAAGACACACCUGCUGGCGGGCCGGAUCACAUCCCCAGCACAUACCGUAGUGCAUGGCGGUAAGGCUGCUGAAGUGCUUGGAGCAUAGGGUGCUGGCAGCGAGGGCCGGGAUGGCCGGGGUGGGGGUAGGGGUUGGCUGGGAUCGGGCUUUGGGGUGGGGCCUGCGGGUGGCUGCACUGGGUAGCCGUAUGGGAGUGAUGAUUGAGAGAGGUGUUCCCGGAUGCGAUUUGGCUGUACUUGAGGUUAGGGCAUGUCCUCCGGCCGCAUUCUGGCCGCUUGUCCUGUGCUUGCAUGCCCACGACCAUGGCAUGUGGGGCGAGGCGGGGAAGUGAAGGUUGAGGGUGCUGCACAGUGUGGAUGGUGGAUGUGGGGCAAUCAGAUAGGUGCUGGCAUUGCCAUAGUCUGAGCACAAGGUUGGGCCCGCGUGUCGCCUGCCUGCUACUUCCUUUGCUAGUUUGCUUUGCCGGUACGUACGCAUACAUGCGCACUGCUCGCGGCAUGGCCCACAAAGGACAUGGGUACAGGUAUGGCUAGGGCAUGUACAACGUACAGUGCGCGACAGUAGUGAUCACAGGCCCACAGCUCCAGUAUCACAACAUGUACGGUAUGUGCCAAUGCCUUAAGGCGGGCUGUCGCUGUGCCAUGCUCGUGUAUCUUGGUCACAAGUGUGUUUCUGUGUGUUCGCAUAAGUACAUCUAUGGAACGCCAUUGGGGGGGACUGUGCGCGGCCGGAGGCACAUGUGAGACAGGAGGAACAGCCCGUGCAGAUGGGUGGGGCCGAGUCUGAUGGGCGCAUCUUACUCUGAACAGCCGUAAAACUA